CAACACCCGGGGUGCCGAAGGUUGCCUAUCCCUGGUAUAGUACGUGUGGACUUUUCCUUGCUGUAUGUUGUAAGGUGGGAAGCACAAGGAACUGUCUUGCUGAAGUCACACAUUUCCCGCCUACAUUAUGUGAAUGGCACAUGCUCCAGAUGUUUUGGACUACACCUCCCAUGAUGCUUUGCCAGCACUGUGGCUGUAAGAGCAUUGUGGGAGAUGUAGUCCACAUCCUUGCCUAGCCCUGCACUGGGACAUGAAGCCCUCCUCGCUGACCGCCAGCAUGAGGUAACUAACUCCAGCCCGCCAACACAUGGUGAGCGCGGCAGCCCAGCUCCUUCCUCUCCCCAGCCACGGCUCUGGCCUCGCUGACGUCAUUUCCCGCGCGGGGGCCGCCGGGAAGCCGCCCGCCCUUUCCCCACAGCCAUCGACAGACGGGAAGAGGAGGCCGCGGGCAGCCAAUCUCGCCGCAGUCGGUGAGUUGAGCGGAUAGCGGGAGCCCGGGGGAGGCUCGGCUGGCGGGGUGCGGGUGCCCGGUUUCCGCCGCUGCCAUAUUUGAGGUAAACCCCCUGAGCGCGAGGCAAUGGGCGAUUUUUAAUGCGCGUUUUGAUGACGUAACUAGGACCGGCCGCUGGCGCCGCUGUUACCCAGGGCAGUGCGGGGAGCGGCCUCGCGCGCACCUUAUUAAUGGCGAAACGAUAGUUGGCGUUGGGUGGAGGUGAAGGGGCCCGGCCGUACCGCGCUCUCCCCUUUACUCCCCCUUCGCCUUGGGGGCCCCGAGGCUUCAGUGGGAUUGAAAGAGCAGGCCUUCCGGUCCCAGAGCGGCAUCCGCGAUUGGCUGAGACUAUAGUGUGACGCUCUGACCGUCUGCCAAUAAAAAGCCGUGUGGGCGGUUCUAAGGCUAGAGCAGUGUCCUGAUUGGCUGAUGGUAUAACUCACUCAAAAUCCUGCUCAUAUGGCUGCUGGUUGCUUACUAGUGUGACUGAAGUGGCAUGUGAAGAUAUCCCUUAAAGGGGCACAUGUCACAUGUUAUAAAAAAAAAAUAGUCACAUGAUGGGGGACACACACACAAUAAAAUCAGCUUUUCAGAGCAGUUCACUUUGAAUUAUGAAUGAUAUAUUUAAUUGCAUAGUUACCUAACUUGAAGGGGAAAAAAACAGAUUAGAGUCAAUCAUAUUAAUUAAACCAGGAUGUAUAAAUACAGGCAAAGUGGUUGAUUUAAAAAAAAAAAAUGUCCAUCUCCACUAUAAUCAGAGUUUAGCCAAUAUUUUAAUAUUCAUACUUAUAUUUGCUACUAUUUGUAGUUUAGUGAUUAACCCUGAUAGCUUUAAGUAGGUCAAUAUCACGAUUAUUUGUUUCUGUAUAGAGUAACGUGCUAUUUUGAUACAGAGUAAGGUUACCAGAUCAACCCCGUAUUCGUGGACACAAAUUAUUUCUCAUUGCUAAUGGGCACAAGCCAAGGUGUGCCAAUCCCGUGGUAAGGAAAUCAAUUAAUGUAUUGGUUUGUACACCUCAUUUCCAUGUAAAACAUGGCGAGUUUGCUAACCUUUAAAUACCUAUAGACACAUUAGGUUUUCACUGCCUGGCCUUUCAUUUUAAAAACUACUGUCCGGUUGUUUCUUAAAACGUAACAAUGAAUAGCAUCCAUUUUAUUUUUACAGCUCACAAUGUAUUGUUUUGUUUGGGCAUUUGGCCCCCAGCUGUUUCUGCCCCCCAGAUAUUCUCAGCCAUAGGAAAGGCAUUGGGAGGCUAGUGCACAUGCGCGGCAAAACAUUGUGCUUCACCAGUCAGAUGGUCUCUAUGAGACCAUCUGAUUGAAGUAGCCGAGUUUUAUUCCGCUAUUUCUUCGCAAGCACCUCUAGUGGCUGUCAGUGUGACUGGAGGCAUUGAAACUUGUCACUGUAAACUGUGCUGUUCCUACAGAACGACAAUGUUUGCAGUUGGAGGGUUAAAACUACAUUAACAUGUCGUUUUAACCCUGAGUGAAAGUGGUGUGGGUGCCUUUAUUGUCAUUAUAUGUUUGUUUUGUAUAUUAUUGAUCAAUUAAAAACGCAUAUGGAUACAGUGUGUUGGAGGAGACUUUGUCAUCCUUACUUGUAACUUUAAAAUCUAAAUAUUGGUAUUUAUUUCCAUUUUUUCCCCCCAGACAAUCUGUUCAGGUAUGGAAGCUGAAGAGACGAUGGGCUGCAUUCAGGAAUUCCCAGACCAUUACAAAGUUAUGAUGGACAGAUUGAAUGAGCAACGGGAACUGGAUAAAUUUACAGAUAUCACACUGAUUGUGGAUGGUAUGGAUUUUCUGUGACUCCAAAUCUACACUAUCUUUUCAAUGUCACAUUAUCAAAUAGCAUCAAUAACCUUUUCAGUAAUGUGUCCAGCUGUUCAUAUCGGGAACAUUUGCCACAACUUGUUUAACAAAGCUCAUUGAGUUGCUUCUCAUUUAAACUAAUUGUUAUUGUCGGAAAGACAGUAUUUUUUUUAUUUUAUUUUUUUCCGAAAGAAAGGUGUGGGAAGGCACAUAUCUGCUUCUGCAUUAACCUCUUAAGGACCAAACUUCUGGAAUAAAAGGGAAUCAUGACAUGUCACACAUGUCAUGUGUCCUUAAGGGUUUAAAAUAACAUACAUGUGAGGUUGUAUCUCAAAAUGUUGUGUGUGUGGUCUGUUUUAAAUUACACAGAAAGAUCUAGAGUUUUCUACAGAUAUAACAGUUACAGGUACAAGUCCUUAAAAGAAAGUGUCAGUGUGUGGGGUCGGGAAAGGUUUUAUUUUCCUCCACAUAGUAAAUGUGGAUGGUCCCUAAAACUUGUUUUCCUUCUCCACCAUCCUACUUCACUAUACAGUAUAUUGCACACCGCUUAGCAUAGAAAAAGUUGAGGUCUUUUUCCUAUCUCCAGUUUGAGAUUUGUGUUUCUCUCUCUCCUUGUAUUGUCUCCAUACAGGCCAUCAGUUUAAAGCUCACAAAGCCGUUCUUGCAGCCUGCAGUCAUUUCUUCUACAAAUUCUUUCAGGAUUUCACUCAGGAGCCAUUGGUUGAAAUAGAAGGUAUUUGUUAUGUCUUUUGAUACAUUUUUAUUAUUUUCUCUGUCUUUCUGUUUCUCACUUGCUCUUUACGCAAAAAGUAAUUAUUUAAGGGAAAGUAUUGGUACCAAAACAACUUUAGGUUAAUGGAAUGUUUUUUUUUGAGUAUUGAUCAUGUGCCUGCAGUCUCACUGCUCAACACUUUCAUUAACACAUAAUCACAUGUAUGUCCCUAUCUUAUAAUAGCCAUUUAAAAUGUACCCAAUCUUGUAAAGCUUUAUUUAUGUCCCAGUGGGAAAAUGAUCUUGGUAGGAACAUUACUGAGGAGAAGGAGUGAAUCUAUGUGGUCUUACUCAUUGUAUGAGCCAUUAAGAGGUGUUGAGAAAGGAAAUCCUAAGGUGGUACGUGAUAUCUACUAGGUUAGCUUAUGAAUUCCUUGCCAAAGUGAAUUAGUGAGUCAUCUACCAUGUCUCCUCAUAACCCAAAGGUGUAUUUAUUACAAACUGUUUUUGACAGGAUCCCACCACGGAAAGAAAAAACUUUAUCUUUUUGACAUUAAAGUAAUAGCCUGUUCAUGGAACUCACAUACCAUAUCUACUAUAUCCUUUGUUCUGUAGGCAGUUGAUGCUAAUCCAUUAAUAUGAUAGGAAGUGGUCAGAUUGGGAAGCAUUCAGAAUAACUAGGUCCCACUGGCUCUCCUAUUUGUUUAAUUCCUGGAAAUGUGGUACCCAGUCAUUUUUACUUCGAUCAGUAGCUUAUCUAGUGGUUUUGUUGUCGGAUAUGAGGUAACCAAUCUUUGUGUACCCUUGCCCCUCUUUUGUUCUCCUUCUUCUCUCCCCCACCCCCUUUUCUCUCUUUUAGCCACCGUCACUGCUAGUUCUUUCCCUCCAACAUUAAAAUGUUGCUAAUGUAAUAAUUGAUACCUGAUUGUUUAGGUCAUUCAAUUUUGCUUGAAACCAUGUAGCAGCUAAUGUAGAUUUACAGGUACCUUCACUCCAACCUGACUCCUGCAUACUGUAGUAGAAUAUCGUUGGGUGUUUUAAUUGCACUGUAUUGGUAAAGUGCAAUUACCGUAUAUACUCGAGUAUAAGCCGAGUUUUUCAGCACAUUUUUUGUGCUGAAAAAACCAACUCGGCUUAUACUCGAGUCACUGUCUGUAUUAUGGCAAUUUCCAUUGCCGUAAUACAGACUGGGGGCUGGCAGCGAGCGCUUACCUCUCCUGCAGCUCCCUCCUCCUCCGCGCCGGUCCAUGCAGCACCUCGGUCAGCUCCCAGUGUAAGUCUCGCGAGAGCCGCGGGGUCAUAGUGCGGCUCUCGCGAGACUUACAGUGUGAGCUGAGAGAGGAGCUGCACGGACUGGCGCGGAGGAGGAGGGAGCUGACAGGAGCUGCAGGAGAGGUAAGUAACAGCUCUGCCAGUCCCCCUCCUCCCCCCACUGAACUGCCAAUGCCACUGGACCACCAGGGAAGGAGAGCCCCCCUCCCUGACAUGUAUCAAGCAGGGAGGGAGGACGAAAAAUAAAUACAUUAAUAAUAUAUAAAUAAUAAUAAUAAUAAAAAAAUAAUAUAACAAAAAAUGAAAAUAAUAUUAAUUAAUAAUAUAUAAAUAAUAAUAAAAAAUAAUAUAACAAAAAAUGAAAAUAAUAUUAAUUAAUAAUAUAUAAAUAAUAAUAAAAAAUAAUUAAAAAAUAAUAUAACCAAAAAAAUGAAAAUAAUAAAUAAUAAUAUUAAUUUUUUUUUAUUUAUUUUUUAUAAAAAUGCCCACCCCCCACCAAGGCUCUACAACACAAACACACACUGCAUCACACACACACACUGCAUCACACACACACACUGCAUCACACACACACACUGCAUUCAUACACACACACUGCACUCAUACACACACACUGCAGUGUACACUCAUACACACACACUGCACUCAUACACACACUGCACUCAUACACACACACUGCAUUUAUACACACACACUGCAUUCAUACACACACACUGCACUCAUUCACACACACACUGCAUUUAUACACACACUGCGCACUCAUACACACACACUGCAUUCAUCAUAUACACACACUGUAAAUAAAUAUUCAAUUAAUAUAAUUUUUUUAGGAUCUAAUUUUAUUUAGAAAUUUACCAGUAGCUGCUGCAUUUCCCACCCUAGUCUUAUACUCGAGUCAAUAAGUUUUCCCAGUUUUUUGGGGUAAAAUUAGGGGCCUCGGCUUAUAUUCGGGUCGGCUUAUACUCGAGUAUAUACGGUAUGUUCACUUAUUGCUCUGUUUACUUGAAAGAGAUUUCCUUUCUGAAAAAAAUCUAAUUAAGAUUUUAUUGGGGGUAAACACCCAAAUGUACUUAACCCACUCUGAUUGAGGCAUCAGGAUGAACACACAUUAAGGCAGUCCCUUAAUUCGUUGUCCGCAUCUGUUUUGGUAUACAGAUCACACACAUUCUAGUAUUGUACUUGUAGUGCACACUAUUCGGUUGGAUCUGAUCCUAAUCCGUGUUUACUAAACUGUAAUGCUUUUCAUAUUAGGUGUCAGUAACACAGCAUUCCGCAAUCUGAUUGAAUUUACCUAUACUGCAAAGCUGAUGAUACAAGGUGAAGAGGAGGCUGGUGACAUUUGGAAGGCAGCAGAGUAUCUACAGAUGCAUGAGGCUAUCAAAGCACUUGAGUUCAGGUAUUGGAACAAUAGUGUGUUUUAUUUAUUUUUUUAAUCGGUUACAUGGCUGAAAAGAGACUUGUGCGUCCUUCAAGUUCAGCCUUCCUCACAUCUGUUUUUGCUGUUGAUCCAAAAGAAGGCAAAAAAACCCAGUCUGAAGCGCUUCCAAUUUUGCAACAAACUAGGAAAAAAUUCAUUCUUGACCCCAAAAUAGCAGUCAGAUAUCUCCUUGGAUCAAGCAGCCGUUACCUAACUAAUUAGAAAUUAUAUCCCGGUAUGUUAUGUGUUGAUAAUGUUGUUAAAAUAUAUUUCUAUAUAGACAGCUUAGUGUAAUUUUAGUAAGUAUAUUGUGACAGUUCUGAAGGAACGGCAAUGUUUACAUUGCAGAUUCACCUCCGUCUUGUGGAUGUCAGUAUAACAGUCACCAGAGGCUCUUCUGUGAGAUAGCAGAGUAAACCUCUCUUUCAGUCAGAUGGUCCAGAGAGACCAUCUGAUUGGCACUGCUCUGCAUUUUUGCCGUGCGUGCUCACUAUCCUCACAAUCAUUUCCUAUGAGAAAGCAUUGGAUUGGCUGACCUCGUCAACAUUGAUCUCAGCCAAAAAAGCAGAGCUAAAUGGAGGAGAGCGUAUGGCGAUGGCUGAAAGUUAAGUAAAAUGCGAUUUUUAUUUUUAUUUAUUUUUUGAUUUUUUUUUUACCCUUUUAGUCACCAGACCGCUUUUCAGUUUUAUUACCGUUAAGGACCAGGGCUCUUUUUUUUUUAUUUUUGAGGUGUUUGUGUUUAGCUGUAGUUUAUCCUUUACUCAUUUACUGUACCCACAAAUAUUAUAUACCCUUUAUCUUGCCAUUAAAUGGUCUUUCUAAAGAUACCAUUAUUUUCAUCAUAUCAUAUAUUUUAUUAUAAAAUAUGAUGAAAAAAUGUAAAAAAACCCACACCUUUUCUAACUUUGACCCCCAAAAUCUGUUACGCAUCUACAACCGCCAAAAAACACCCAUAAAUAGUUUCUAAACUUUGUCCUGAGUUUAGAAAUGUUAACAUGUUCUUAGCUUUUUUUUUUUUGCAAGUUAUAGGGCUAUAAGUACAAGUAGGACAUUUCUGUUUCAAAAAUGUAUCAAUAAGUGGCAUUGUAACACUGUUAUCUGUCAUAAAUCUCUGACUCACACCUCACAUGUUCAUAUUUUUUUCGUAGACAACCCAGGGUAUUCAAUGUGGGGUAUGUCCAGUCUUUUUUAGUAGCCACUUAGUCACAAACACUGGCCAAAGUUAGCAUUCAUAUUUGUUUGUGUAUAAGAAAAUCUCAGGCACUCACUGUGAUUGCUCCCAGGCAGAUUUAUUGCAACGUUUCAACCUGUUAAGGUCUUUAUCAAGCUUGAUAAAGACCUUAACAGGUCGAAACGUUGCAAUAAAUCUGCCUGGAAGCAAUCACAGUGAGUGCCUGAGAUUUUCUUAUUCAUAUAUAUUUCUUGAGGUUUGCUGACCCAUGCUCAGUAGCACCCUGGGUUGAAAGAUUGUGGCCGUGUGCGACCCCACUCCUUUUUUUCAUUACAUAUUUGUUUGUGUGUGAAAUAUGCAAAAAUCAAAUUUGAAUGUUAAUUUUGGCCAGUGUUUGUGACUAAGUGGCUACUAAAAAGUACUGUGCAUACCCCAUUUGCAAUACCUUAGGUGGUCUACUUUUACAAAUGGUAUGCCAUCAUGGGGGUAAUUCUCAUUCGUGGGCUACCAUACGGUCUCAAAGGCAACGUAACCAAUCUGGCAAAUUUCAAUGUGAAAAAAGGAAAUGCAAGCCUUAUAUUUGACUUAGUAACUUUUGAAAACACCAUAAAACCUGUACAUGGGGGUUCAGUUUUACUCGCGAGACUCAGCGGAACACAAAUAUUAGUGUUUCAAAACAGUAAAACAUAUCACAAUUAUAUCGUCAGUCAAUUAAAUCGUCAGUCAAAGUGCCAUUUGUGUGUGAAAAAUGCAAAAAAAAAAAGUCUCUCUCACUGACGAUAUCGUUGUGAUAUGUUUUACUGUUUUGAAACACUAAUAUUUUUGUCCAGCGAAGUCUCCCGAGUAAAAGCGUACCCCCCCAUGUACAGGUUUCAUGGUGUCCUGGAAAGUUACAGGGUUAAAUAUAGGGCUUGCGAACCAAAUUCUCUGGACUUUCUGCUGUCAGGCUUGUAAGGAAGGUCCUUUAAAUUGUAAUUAAUAAAAUGACUUAAUUAUGUAAAAAUAUUAUAUAAAUAUAUUUGUAGAAUUUAAAUAUGUGUGUGUGUGUGUAUGUGUAUAUAUAUAUAUAUAUGUGUGUGUAUAUAUAUGUGUGUGUGUGUGUAUGUGUGUAUAUAUAUAUAUAUAUAUAUAUAUAUAUAUAUAUAUAUAGUCUAUAUAAAAAUAGCACUUCAAGCACUUUGUAAUUUGAUGAAAAGAACUUAAAGAAAAGGAGAGCAGUCAAGGAUAGGGGUUUAGUGUAAGACACCCAUCCCGUACCUAACCCACAAAAAAAGGUCACCUAGACUGGAAAAGCAGGGGAUAACCCUAGGGAAUACAAUGUAUAGUAGAGAACCAAAGUCGUCACUUGAAUAAAAAGUGACCACAAGGUUAAAUUUCCAAUCCACUCCAAUAAGAUCCUAAAGGCUGCGGGUCUCGCGAGACUUACACUGUGAGCUGAACAGGCCACUAGAGGCACUUCCCCGACGCUCAAUGCGAAAAUCGUAUUGAGCACGUAGACCGUACCUAUGAAAGGCACUGAGAAAUGCUUUCCUAUGGGUGUUUUUUUUUAUGCGUGCGCAGCUCUGGCCACGCAUGCACAUUCGGCUCCACUCGCGAGCAGUCGUCGGAGGGGCAGGAGAGGUCACCAGCGCCGGCGCUCAAUAAAUGUAAGUGGCUGAAGGGGUGUUUACCCCUUCAGCCCAGCGGGAGGGGGUCCCUGAGGGAGGGAGGACCUAAGGAUUAUAUAGUGUCAGGAAAACUAGUUUGUGAUCCUUUAAAUAUAUAUAGGUCUGUAAUCUAUUGCAAGGAAUAUGGAGUUAAUUCCCGCCUUUAUUGAUCCAGAUCAUAGAAAAAUACCAAGUGAAUAUUUUUCAUUGAGUCCUUUGGGAUGUACUGUAUCCAAAAUUCUUAUCCAGAACAGUUAUCUUUGUAAUAAAAGGUUCUUACGGUCCCCGCCUCGUGCCGGCUGGGGGAUGUGAUCGAUUGCUAUGAAUUUCAUGGAGGGUAAUUGAUGGUUAUGCUUGGCCACGGGUAGUUCUGAGCCUUUGUCUCUAUAUGCAAUUCGUAUGCUGAAACGAUGGUUACGCAUUCUUUCCCUCAACGGCAAGUCUGUCUUUCCAAUGUAUGCCAAACCACAAGGGCAUAGGAGUUUAUACACCACAUAGUCACUGCUGCAAGUUAGUCUGUGUCGUAUGAUGUAUUUCUUGCUGGAAUGUGGAUGAGUGAAUGUUUUGCUGGGUAUCAUAUGCCUACAUGUUACACGCCCUAGGCACCUGUAGCAUCCGAGAUUCUGAUGUGUCGGUUUUUGAUUGUAGCAGUGUAUAGGGUCUGUCUUUACUUGUAAAUCCCUCAUGUUGCUGCCUCUGCAAUAGCACAUCAUGGGAGGAUGUUUAAAUGAUUUAGGUAGACUUGCAUUGUUCAUCAUCAUUCUCCAUUUUCGAUCAACUGAUUUUUUUUUAAGGUUGUAUGAUAUGAUGGUAAACGUUGUUGGGAAUUCCAGUCAGUCUGGUUUGUCCUUACGUUGUGGGUUCGUCUCAUAG